AUGAGCAAGCGGAACCAGGUGUCUUACGUGCGGCCCGCCGAGCCGGCCUUCCUGGCCCGCUUCAAGGAGCAGGUCGGCUACCGGGAAGGGCCCACCGUAGAGACCAAGAGAAUCCAGCCUCAGCUCCCAGAUGAAGAUGGUGAUCACAGUGACAAAGAAGAUGAACAGCCCCAAGUGGUGGUUUUAAAAAAGGGAGACCUGUCAGCUGAAGAUGUCAUGAAAAUCAAAGCAGAAAUAAAGGCUGCCAAAGCAGAUGAAGAGCCAGCUUCAGCUGAUGGAAGAAUCAUGUAUCGAAAACCAGUGAAGCGUUCCCCGGAUGAAAAAUAUUCAGGUUUAACAGCAAGCUCAAAAAAGAAAAAGACUAGUGAAGAUGAAAUAAAUCAGCAGGACUCAGUUAAAAAGAACACACAAAAACAAGUAAAAAACAGUAGCCUCCUUUCUUUUGACAGUGAAGAUGAAAAUUAA